AUGUACCGGAGAUCUACCAGUCGGCGGCUUCUCCCAUGGGUCUCUCUGGUACUCAGCACUCACCUGCUGCUCUUUCUCCUUCUCCACGAGGAUCCACGAGUGGAGCUAUAUGCCAGCUCAGCGGAGCUACAAGCCUUGGGGAUAAACAGCUCCAUCUACGCCUACAGAGCGGCUAGAUUUAACACCUACAUAGCGAAUGAACCACAUCGCAGUGGUCCGGGUGAGCAUGGCAGAGGCGUACAUUUGAAAAUAUCGGAAAGCCACAUGAAAGAACUUAUCGAUGAGGACGGGUACAACAGUAUGGCCUGUGCGCAAAUCGCUCUGGAUCGAUCGUUAGGCAACCGACCAGCUCCCGAGUGCUUGGCUGUAAACUAUCCUGAUCAGCUCCCCACGGCCAGUGUUAUCCUUAUCUUUAACAAUGAGCCAGUCAGACUUGUUCUCCGUACGGCCUUCUCCGUUGUAAAUAGAAGCCCUCCGAAGAUGUUGAAGGAAGUAAUCCUUCUGGAUGAUGGGAGUACUGCUGGUAGGCUGUAA